AUGUCUACUAGGUCGUCACCUCCACAGACUGUAUUUGUUUCAAGGUCUUCACCUCCUCCACAAAAUAAUGUUCCCGCUACUGCUCCCGCUCCCAAACAAAAUCAACAAAAAACAGCCAGUUCUUCUAGACCCACCCCCAAGCCACUUAAUUUGUCAAAGUCGUCUCACGUUUCAAAUUUGAGCAAGGUUCCUCAAACAGCAACUUUUCCCCCAAAGGUGAAUAGAGCCCUCAAUCUUCCAAAUCCUCCAAAAACUGCUACCUUUGCUACAAAAUCAUCAGGAUUUCCAAAAGACACUAGGCAAUCAAUGAGAGCAUCUGCUUAUGCCUUCGUGUAUGGUGAUCCAACCUACGUUCAAACUGUUGAACCAUCUC